AUGGGUGUGUUAAAGUGGCGGGAGAGACACGGCAGUCGGCACAGUCAGAGUUCGGAUAAUGUCAAAGGACUCCAGACAUCUAGAGACGAUCGGACGAGUAGUGUCCCGACGCCGGAAGCGGUAGGAAAUGGAUCCCGGGAACUUUUAGAGGAGACGUUGAAGGGUCCCAAACCAUAUCCCAACAUCGUUCUACCGACCGGUGGUGGUUUCUGGAUUGAUGGCCAGGACCAAAACGAGUACGAGCCUGCUGCUUCUUCCGGUGGAGCCUGUACGUGGAAUAAUAAAAUCGAAACCGAUGACACGGCAAAAGCUUAUCGCAGAUACUACAUGGGAAGGGAACACUUCAACUUUGUUGGAACGGACGAUCAACUGGGCCCUGUGCUGUUGAGCGUGAAAACCGAAAGCCUGGCUUCCCAAGAGCAAACGAGACUCUUGCUGCGGCUGCGGACUGGCACCACGCACGAACUGGUGCCUUCAUCGUGCGCCACUUCAGCUCCUCACCACAUGGCCAGGCUGCUAAACGAUCAGCUAUCAGUUACCAAUAUGUCACCCGUUUUGAGUUGUAAAACGUCUCAACUAAUUGCCGCCUAUGACGAACACGUACUAGUGUCGCACUUCAAAUUUGGUGUAUUAUAUCAAAAGUAUGGCCAAACUAGUGAGGAAGAAUUAUUUUCCAACCAACAUACUUCACCCGCGUUUGAUCAGUUCCUCCAAUUACUCGGUCAGCGGAUACAACUGAAAGACCAUAAAGGGUACCGAGGAGGCCUAGACACGCAGUUUGGUCAAACCGGUGACGAAGCCGUUUAUCAAGUGUUCAAAGACAGGGAAAUCAUAUUCCAUGUAUCUUCUUUGCUUCCGUACACCGAUAACGAUCCUCAGCAAUUGCAAAGGAAAAGACAUAUCGGUAACGAUAUCGUAGCAAUAGUUUUUCAAGAAUCCAACACCCCGUUCACCCCUGACAUGAUAGCGUCACAUUUCCUACACGCCUACAUCAUCGUCCAAGUGAUCGAGCCCAACACUCCCAACGUUAGGUAUAAGGUCAGCGUGACCGCCCGGGACGACGUGCCCUUCUUCGGACCGACGUUACCCAACCCGGCCGUGUUCAGACACGGUCCAGAUUUCAAACAGUUCCUUCUCACCAAGCUUGUAAACGCGGAAAAUGCCUGUUACAAGGCCCACAAAUUUGCCAAGUUGGAGCUGAGAACCCGAACGUCUUUGUUGCACUCGUUGUGCGAGGAGCUGAAAGACAAGACUAAAGACUUCCUUGGGCACAACGAAGGCGGCAGCAGCGGCACCAACGCCGGAGCGGCCGGCACGAGCGGCGGCCUGGGCGCCGAGCUGACCAAAUCGUCGGCGGCCUCGUCGUCGUCGUCGUCGUCGGAAUGCGGCAACGGUACCAUCUCGGGGGCUGGCAGCAGGUUCAUAGACACUGUACGCAAAGCGCUCAUAGCUCGGGUCAAGACGCAAACACUGUCCAACGCAGAGGCCAACAACAACGUUUCGGGAGGCCUAUCCAAGAAGACUAGCAGCUGUUCGGCCGACGGGUCCAUACCGAGCUUUGGCAGAUCGUUGUCGAAAAGCAGCAAAAAGAGUUCGCCCUCGUCACCAAUAUCCAGUCCGGACAUCCAUCCAGUGCACAGGACUUCCAGUGGAGCUAGCCGCGUGGCCAUGUCUGAAAGCGAUUCGUCGUCGUUGAACAGCGUUGAGCUUGACGGCCUGGGCAUGGCUGGGGCCGUGGACAGCGACACCGGUUUGGAGAGCAUGUCGUCGGCUGAGACGCCCAGUGGCAAGCCUUGCAGCAUGUGCUGUUGUGACGCGCCAAACAACGACUCCCGGGUGGAAGGUCUCCGGCAAGACGUGACUAGGUUAAAAUGUGACAAACUAGAGCUGUUGAGACAGAACGUGAGUUGUCAACACGAAAUAAAGAGAUUGCGAGAGAAAGAACUGGUGCUGCAGUCGGAACUCACGUCCGCAUCCAAGGAGAUUCUUAGGUUGAGGGAACUGUUGAAAAACUACACCACUAACCCCAACUCGUCGACUGUUUGA